AGCGGAGCUGAGUCAGGCUGCUGGAGGAGCCCUUGCGGGCCCGGCCGGGGCGGAGUUUGCGCCUGCGCAGUGAGCGGCUUCGGGGCGGGGCUGGUUUAUAUCUGCGGAGGAUCACCUGACGUUCUGCAUUGCAGACUGCGGAGUUAGACUGCGCCAUGUACGCGCUCUUGCUUCUGGCCAGCGUCGUGGGCGUGGCUCUAGGCAGCCCUGUCCUCGGCCUCAAAGAAUGCAGCAAAGGCUCGGCAGUGUGGUGCCAGGAUGUGAAGACGGCGGCCGACUGUGGGGCCGUGAAGCACUGUCUGCAGACUGUCUGGAACAAGCCAACAGUGAAAUCCCUUCCCUGUGACAUCUGCAAAGACGUCAUCAUGGCAGCUGGCAGCAUGUUGAAAGGCAAUGGCACCGAGGAGGAGAUCCUUGAAAACUUGGAGAAGACCUGUGAAUGGCUUCGUAAUCCAAACUUAACUGCCUCAUGCAAGCAGAUAGUGGACGCCUACUUACCGGUCAUCUUGGACAUGAUUAAAGGAGAAAUGAGCCGGCCUGAGGAGGUAUGCUCCGCUCUCAGACUCUGCCAGUCUCUUCAGAAGCACCUGGCUGAGCUGAAUCACCAGAAACAGCUCGAGUCCAAUAAGAUUCCCGAACUGGACAUGUCCCAGGUGGUGGCUCCCUUCAUGGCCAAUAUCCCCCUUCUCCUCUACCCUCAGGAGGGGCCCCACAGCAAGCCCCAGCCAAAGGCUGAUGGGGACGUUUGUCAGGACUGCGUUCAGUUGGUGACUGACGUCCAGGUUGCUGUAAGGACCAACUCCACCUUUGUCAAGGCCUUGGUGGAUCAUGUCGAGGAGGAGUGUGACCGCCUGGGGCCUGGUUUGGCUGACGUGUGCAAGAACUACAUCAACCAGUAUUCUGAAAUUGCUGUCCAAAUGAUGAUGCAUAUGCAACCCAAGGAGAUCUGUGGGCUGGUUGGAUUCUGCGACGAGCUGAAGGAGAUGCCCAUGCAGCCUCUGAUUCCUGCCAAGGUGGCCAUGGAGAACGUCAUCCCCGCCCUGGAACUGGUGGAGCCCAUUAAGAAGGACCUGGCCCAGGCGAAGGAUAGUGUGUACUGUGAGGUGUGUGAGUACAUGGUGAAGGAAGUGGUCAAGCUCAUUGACAACAACAGGACCGAGGAAGAAAUAAUCCAUGCUUUGGAGAAAGUGUGCUCAAAGCUGCCCACCUCCAUGUCUCAGGAGUGCCAAGAGGUGGUGGACACGUAUGGCAGUGCCAUCCUGUCUAUCCUGCUGCAGGAGGCCAGCCCUGAGCUGGUGUGCAGCAUGCUUCACCUCUGCCCCAUCCAGGGGCUGCCGGCUCUGAAAGCACACGUGAGUCCACUGAAGGAUGGUGGCUUCUGUGAGGUGUGCAAGAAGUUGGUUAGCUACUUGGAUCACAGCCUGGAGAAGAACAGCACAAAGCAGGAGAUCCUGGCUGCUCUCGAGAAAGGCUGCAGCUUCCUGCCUGACCCUUACAAGAAGCAGUGCGAUGACUUUGUGACCCAGUAUGAGCCCGUGCUGUUAGAGAUCCUGGUGGAGGUGAUGGACCCUUCCUUGGUGUGCCUGACGGUGGGAGCCUGCCCCUCAGCCCAUAAGCCUCUUUUGGGAGCUGAGAAGUGUGUCUGGGGCCCGAGCUACUGGUGCCAGAACAUGGAGACAGCAGCCCAGUGCAAUGCUGUCGAGCAUUGCAAACGUCAUGUGUGGAACUAGAAGGAAUGUUCCAUCCUGGAGAAACUGCAGCGUCUUUUCCUACUUCUGUAGCUGGGGGAAUGAACGCGCACAUCUGUUGAUUUUGUUUUGAAAAUAGGCUUCCCUCCCCUCACCCCAUGUCUUAAGUCUCUUGUUGUAACAUCGCUGUCAGUGUGGGAGGCACCUGCCCCCCACUGACAUAGUGCUUCAGUGUCCCUUUUCUCUCUGCUAGACAGCGGCAUCCUGCGUCCUGGGGUCUUAGCCUGCCUGUGCACGGUGGCGACGUGGAGAAGGGAUACUUGGUGCUGGCAUGAGCCAGUGCUUCCUGACAACAGCUGUCCACCUGCUGUACCUGGGCCUUGUUCUGAGCCUGGCCAGGCGCUUGGACACUGGGGGGCUUGGGCUUUCUGAGGCCUCCACCCACGCUAAUGAGGGACCCUGCCCUCUUCCCAGGUCUGUUGGCUGCUGUACAGAGAAGCAAAACAAAGGCAGUUGUAUGUGAAGGAACAGAAGCUCACGCUAGUUAGGCUUUUUAAACAGUGUAGUUCCCACUGUGCUAGUGCAGAUUGUGAGAAGCUGCUGAUGGCUCAGGGGAGGUGGCUAGGUCCGAGGGUUUGCUGCCCCAGGCUGACCCUGAUUCAGCUUUCCUGUGUCUUUUCUUUGUGCUGCCUUGUUGGGGGUUCUGUGGGUCUGGGUGGGAGGGAGAACUCUGGCUGAAUGUAACUUGAUAGCUCUGUGUGGUGAGCCUGUGAGGCCUGGCUUCUGUGAGUGUGUGACAGUGGUGCAGCCCCAUGCCUGCUUCGUGUGUGCCCGGCCAUCACCACCCCGUCACUUUCGGCAGCCACAGCCUCACCCACUGUAGAUGCUCUUUCUGACCUUCCCUUUCAGUCAGUGUGGAUGAGGAGCUCCUAAGCUUCUGGCUUCCUGGUGGAGGGUGACAGGCCGAGGGCUCUGCCGGGUGUGGGAGUGGGUGCUGCCUGGGGCCUCAGCCGCUGCACUGCUGCCUCUCCUGUUUGGCUGCAGCGUCUGUUCUGUUUCUGGUUGUCAGUCAACAUCACACAAAGCCAGGAAGACAUGUUGUUACUAGUAAAUGGACUUAAUGAUUUUUGUUUGUUUUGCACUAAAGUUUCUGUGGUUUAACAAUAAAGUUCUGUCCACCAGA